ACAACAAUACUCAACUUCUUCAGCAACGGUAUCGAGAAAAAAAACGUUUCGAAAGGUUACAACUAAUACAGACACAGAUAUUGCAAAGAUUAGGUAUUAGUGGACAUAAUAGUAAUUCAAGUAAUACUAAAGUAUUGAGUAAUGAAGAGAAAAAUUUAUUGAAUCGAGUGGUUCAGGUGUCGCCCACACCCAGGACUCGCAUCGAUACCGUCACCGGUGUUAAUGAAAUCUCGUCCUCAGAAAUAUUUUCCGAAAGAUUGCAGAGUUUCUACCCAUCGUGUACUGUACCAAAUCAUACCGAUCCUCUACUAUGGAGUCUCAGUUCAGACUCUCAAAUGAAACUUUUCUUUGACAUAACUUUCCCGCGUUCUGUUGAUACACAUAACGAAGUGUCCGCUGUGUCGGCGAAGUUAAGAAUUUACAAAUUCAAUGAUCCGCCCAAUCAAUGGGCAACUGCUACGAGUUAUAUGGGAAAUACUGUAACAGAUCGUGUUUCUCAAGUGGCCUCACAAGAAGGUCUUACUAUUUCAGUGUAUCAAUACAUGAGACCAUUGCGACAAAAUAGGAGAGAGAAAAAACGACUCAUUGAUAGUCGUGCCGUUGCCUGGAAUAAGAGGAGUUAUAUUGAGUUUAAUAUAAUAAAUGCAAUCAAUUACUGGCAAAAUAAUCCAAAUCGUAAUUUUGGACUUUUCAUUGAAAUUGAAGACCCAUUUGGCGGUCGAUAUAAUCCAGAACUUUAUAUAACUCAAAUGAAUUGCUCCGUGCAAAACACACCGAUACCUAAUUUGGCUCAAAUCUAUCCAGAAAUGGAUAAUGAGAGUUCACUAUUCAAUAAUGAUAAUUUUCCUACUUUGGAUCUGUUAACAAUUGAAAUCGCCCGACAAAAUAGUGUCUCUAUUGUUGAUACCAAUAGAAGUACUAAUUUUUCAAAUGGCAAAAGAAAAAGAGAUGUUAACCAUAAAUACAUGUGUCGUACAAUUAAAAGAGUUAUAUCAAUAAAAGAUCUUAACUUAGAUGAUAUCAUAUUAUAUCCGACGACUAUAGAGAUGGCAUUUUGUAAAGGAUUUUGCCGUACAAAUCAAGGCAAUGAAUAUGAAUGUAAAUUAACUGAUUAUAAAGAUAUUGAAUUCAUAUACUUGGACUCAAAUUCAAAUCCAACAAUCAAGACAUUGAAGAAUUUUUUACCACAAAGUUGUCAAUGUGUUAAAAGAGAUACUUUUGAUUAA